AUGGGGUAUAGCAGAAGGCUUGGAGGCGGUGAAAUCCCAAAUUACGGAGAAGAAAAUGAACUGUUCACAAUUAAGAUUAGACAUGGGGGAAACUUAAGUCAUUCUGGAUCUACUUCCUAUGUGGGAGGGUAUUGUGAUUAUUUUGAUAAUGUUGAAGUAGAUGAAUGGGGUUAUAUGACUAUUAAGGAUCUACUAAAUGACUUAGGAUUCAACAUUGAGGAUUGUAAUGUAUAUGCAGUGGUUGAGGAUAAAUUGACUAAGGUGAUUUCAGAUUUAGAGACAUGGGAUUUAAUAGAUUUUGAAGGUAGGGCAAGAGAAGUUGAGUUAUGGGUUGGUUUGGGUGAAUUGGAUGCAGUAAGUGAAGAGGAGGGUAGUGAGGAUGUCUUGUUUGAUUGUAAUAUUGAUUACAAUGAACAAGAAGGUGAUGACAUUGAAUUUGCAAGAUCAAUUGAUCCAAUUGUGGAGUAUGAUGGUGUAUUGCCAAGUGAGAAAGGUGUGGGUGAAGAUGAGGACCAGUGGGAAAAUAUUGACCCUCCGAUUGAAUAUUCUGAUGAAGGGUCACCAUAUGGUAGUGAUGAAGAAGGGGAAAAAGAGAAAUUCCCACAUUUUAGGGCUUGUACUGACAAGGAAUGUCCUGUGUUUAGUAUUGGCUUAAAAUUUGCUUCUAAAUCUGAUUUUAAAGAUGCUAUAAUACAGUAUGCUUUUAAGAAUGGGAAGGAUUUAAAAUUCUCCAGAAAUGAUAAGGUUCGGUAUGUGGUGACUUGCAAACACAUUGGAUGCCCAUGGUCAAUCACUCUUAGGUUAGAGCAACAUCCUAAUACUUGGAGGGUUACUACCUUUAAUGAUUCCCAUAUUGAUUGUCCUUGGGUGAAAGAAAACAAAAUGGUGAAGGCAACCGUGUUGGCAAAAAGGUGGAAGAAUGAAGUAAAAGGCCAUUCUGCAUGGACAACUAAGGAGUUUAGGGCCAAAGUAUGUAGUGAUGAGCAUUUCACUGUGACCAAGAGGCAAGCAAUAAAGGCCAUGAAGCUUGCUAGGGCUGCAAUUAAGGGAGAGCUUGAGGAUCAUUUCAACAAGUUUUGGAGCUACUACCUUGAGAUACAAAGGACUAACCCAAACACAACUUCUUUGGUUAAAUUGAGUAAUGUUGUUGAAGAAGAAGGGAAGAAAAGGUUUAUGAGGUGGAAGUCCAAAUGCAAAGGGAAGUUUAAGCACUAUAGGACAAUACAGAAAAAGGUCUACCGUGGGGUUCAAGUCCAAAUGCAAAGGGAAUUUCAGUGA